GAGGCUUAAGCGAUGUACUGGUGUUUUGUCAUUUGUGGGUUUAGGACGAUCUGCACUGCCAUAUUUGUCUCUUGGGAGGCCGCUCUGCCUUUCUGUUGUUGUUGGUUGGCUUUGCUUUUUCAUGCGCAACCAACAGCGCCUCGCUCUCUGCGCUUCUGCCCUUUGUCCACUGUUCGCGCGCAGUAAAUUCCCACUGCGGAACCGCUUUUGUUUGGUUUUCCCUAAUUUUCCAGGAAACUCUGCUUUUUCCAUUUCCGUCCGAUAAGGGUUUUGAAUUCGAGCUUCGUUCCCCGUGGAAAACCGUGUGUUCCAACUGUUGGAGUUUGCCUUUUACGUGCUUCGCUUCGUUUUUCUAGGUUCCUUAGGCUCUGCUUCAAAUCGCCGUCGUUUUGGCUACUCUAGGCCUAUUUCUAGCCCCGUCUUUUUCGGAGCUCUUCAAUCAUGGCGGUUUAUAGGGUUUCAGAGUCUCCGAGUUGUCCCAGUCCUUUGCUCCAACAGAGUCUUCACCGAUUCCUUUGGUGUUUUCCAAGGAUGAGGGAAGACUUCUCGUCGUUCAAGAGGCUCCAAUUCAUCACUCUGGCUCUAGCAGUGUCGUCGUUGACGUUCUUCUUCUUCGGUGUCGUUUUUGCGCCUGUGCUUCUCUCAGGUGUGGGGAGGAGCUCCGUCGUUCUCGUGGACGGAGGAGAGAACGCCACGACGCUCACUGUUCCUCAUCGGAAGCUUCUUGAACGCGCAAUGGUAGAACCUAACCGAAUGUGGGGAGAAAAAUGCACCAAGGCAGACAUAGUGGUGACCCAAGGCCCCACACCUGCACUCCCGAGUGGCAUUCCCACCUACACGGUGGAGAUAAUGAAUGUCUGCGUCACUGGUUGCGACAUCUCAGGCAUUCAUCUGACCUGUGGUUGGUUCAGCUCCGCCCAUCUCAUCAACCCCAAGAUUUUCAAGAGGCUUGGCUACAACGACUGCCUGGUGAAUGACGGGAAACCCUUGGAGAAUGGCGGGACGAUUUCUUUCCAGUACGCCAACACCUUCUCCUACCAUCUCGCUGUCUCCGCAGUAGUCUGCGCUUAAUAACAACACACUUUUAGCUCUACCAAUCUACCACAUAUAUAGGUACUAGUUAUUGCUUCUUUUUUUUCGCGUUUUUCUGGGUUCACGUUUGUUAGUUUGAGUCAUUUUCUGAAGACUUUUGAUUGACUAGAGAGGGUUUUGUAUACUGUAAAUGGUCUCUUUUGCAAUGGGGUACGUAGAGCCGUAGAGAGAGAGAGAGAGAGAAUUGGUGGAUAGUAGCUGAUAUUUUGGGUGGAUACUUGUCUUGUAUAUAUAGUGAUAUACCAUAUGGGAAUUAGAUGCGAGAUUGAAUCUGCGAUUACAGGAAUACUUUGUUUUGUCUUGUUUCUCAGUCAACAAAA